UUUAUUUACGCUUCCCCUUCAUAUUGUUUCUCUCUUCUUCUUCCGUUUCAUUCUUUGCUCGGGCAUCCUUCAGUUUCGAUCCCAGAAAAGUUUUUUUUCUUUAAAAUGGCUGAUGGUGAAGACAUUCAACCUCUUGUUUGCGACAAUGGAACUGGAAUGGUUAAGGCUGGUUUUGCUGGUGAUGAUGCACCACGAGCUGUCUUUCCAAGCAUCGUGGGCCGUCCACGUCACACGGGUGUAAUGGUUGGUAUGGGACAAAAGGAUGCUUACGUCGGCGACGAAGCUCAAUCAAAACGUGGUAUCUUAACCCUCAAGUACCCUAUCGAACACGGCAUCGUCAACAACUGGGACGACAUGGAGAAGAUUUGGCACCACACUUUCUACAACGAGCUCCGCGUUGCACCCGAGGAGCAUCCCGUUCUCCUCACCGAAGCUCCUCUCAACCCUAAAGCUAACCGUGAGAAGAUGACUCAGAUCAUGUUCGAGACUUUCAACGCACCCGCCAUGUACGUGGCUAUUCAAGCCGUGCUUUCGCUCUACGCUAGUGGUCGUACGACCGGUAUCGUGCUCGACUCGGGCGAUGGAGUGAGCCACACGGUGCCUAUCUACGAGGGUUAUGCACUUCCGCACGCUAUCCUGCGUCUUGAUCUCGCGGGCCGUGACUUAACCGACGCGUUUAUGAAGAUCUUAACCGAGCGUGGCUACUCGUUCACCACGACAGCAGAGCGUGAGAUUGUUAGAGACAUUAAGGAGAAGCUAUGCUACAUGGCUCUUGACUACGAGCAGGAGCUGGAGACGGCUACCACAAGCUCGUCUGUUGAGAAGAACUACGAGAUGCCUGAUGGACAAGUGAUCACCAUCGGUGCUGAGCGGUUCCGUUGCCCUGAGGAUCUUUACCAGCCGUCUAUGAUUGGUAUGGAGAAUCCAGGUAUCCAUGAGACGACGUAUAACUCUAUAAUGAAGUGUGAUGUGGAUAUUAGAAAGGACUUGUAUGGUAACAUUGUGCUCAGUGGUGGAACCACAAUGUUCCCUGGUAUCGCUGAUAGAAUGAGUAAGGAGAUCACUGCUUUGGCUCCAAGCAGCAUGAAGAUCAAAGUUGUUGCUCCUCCGGAGAGGAAAUACUCUGUUUGGAUUGGAGGGUCUAUCUUGGCCUCUCUCAGUACCUUCCAGCAGAUGUGGAUAGCAAAGGCGGAGUACGACGAGUCAGGCCCAUCCAUUGUUCACAGGAAGUGCUUCUAAGUUCAGGGGGUUUCGAUUAUUCUUACUGAUGCUGCUCUUUGUUUUUGUUCUGUUCUGUUUUGUGAUUGUGGCCAAAGACAUGUUCAAGAAUUUAUGGUAAUCUGUUAAAAUAUGUUUUCUUUUGUUUAUUUAGUUCAACAGUCUUUGAGUGAAUAAUGGCAUCUUUCUUUAAUUAUUUUA